AAAACAACACAAACAACGAAAGUCUUGUGCACUCACUCGCCAUGGUGUCUCAUCUUCAACGAAUGGCACCCACAUUGUUUACUUGAGGUACAAGAAAACGGUUGGUCUCCUCUAAUGGCUUCCAGUUCAACUUCAUUCCUGUUAACCACCGCACCACCGCAGGGUGUCAGGUUUAACCGGAGAAAACCGAGGUUAACCGUGUGGGCUAAGCAAACGGCGUUUCAAUUCGGGAAAACGAAGGACGAUGAUGAUGACUCGGAGGCGAUACAAACGGAGAAAUCGUCAGAUUCGAAACCAUUCCGGUUCGAUUUCGGUAAGUUACCGGACAUGAAGUCACUCAUGCCGGUGGUGACAAACCCUUCGACCGCUUUAGUGUUUGGUAAUAACAGAAAAAAAGAUCCUGGUACGGUUUUCGUGGCCGGUGCUACGGGACAAGCUGGUAUACGCAUAGCUCAAACGCUCUUACAACGAGGAUUUAGCGUUCGAGCCGGUGUUCCUGACCUUGGAGCCGCCCAAGACCUUGCUCGUGUUGCGGCUACUUACAAGAUUCUAUCAAAGGAGGAAGUCAAGAGGCUAAACGCUGUUCAGUCCCCAUUCCAAGACGCUGAAUCAAUCGCAAAAGCGAUUGGAAACGCGACCAAAGUUGUGGUUACCGUAGGGGCAACAGAGAACGGUCCUGAAGACCAAGUCUCGACCUCAGACGCGUUGCUCGUGGUACAAGCGGCUGAGCUUGCUGGCGUAAACCAUGUAGCAAUCGUGUACGACGGGAGCAUCAGCGGAUCCACGUACAACGUUCUAGACGGGAUUACUUCGUUUUUCGGCAACCUUUUCGCAAAAUCUCAGCCAUUAACUAUCUCGGACCUCAUUGACAAAGUAGCUCAAACCGAUGUGGCGUACACACUCAUAAAGACGAGCUUGACUGAGGAUUACUCCCCGGAGAGAUCUUACAACGUCGUCGUUUCUGCUGAAGGGAGUAACAGCGGCAGUGGCAGUACUUCGUCCGAGGCCUACAAAGUCCCCAAGUUGAANGUUCCUGUUAACCACCGCACCACCGCAGGGUCUCAGGACGAUGAUGGUGACUCGGAGGCGAAACAAACCGGGAAAUCGUCAGAUUCGAAACCAUUCCGGUUCGAUUUCGCCGUUGAUAGAACCUCUGCUUCCGUGUAUCCGCUCAUGACUUUAGUUUUGUGUGUCCUUUUUCAGGUGGUGGAAGUUUCUACAGAUCCAUCAGCACCGUCGAGGCAAAUAGAUGAGCUUUUCAGUGUAAUCCCGGAAGAUGGGAGGAGAAAAGUGUUCGCAGACGCGCUCGCAAGGGCAAGAGCUGAGGAAGAAGUUAAAGUCGCAGCUGAGAAAGCCCGAGAGGCAGCGGAAGCAGCGAAAGAGUUUGAGAAACAAAUGCAAAAGCUAUCUGAGAAAGAAGCAGAAGCUGCUAGCUUAGCUGAGGAUGCGCAACAGAAAGCAGAAGCCGUGGGAAUCACAGUGGACGGUCUAUUUAACAAGGCGAAAUAUAUCGGCUCAGGUCUCUCCUGGAAUAAUCUGGGUUCUCAGUUUGCUACCGCGGUUCAGAACGCUUCAGAGACGUCUAAAGUACAGGUUGCUACGGUCAGAGGACAGGCGAAAGCGCGAAACUUGCCACCCAAGAAAGCAGUGGUGAAACAGAGUAACGCUAAACCCGCUGCAUCAUCUCUGUUUGCAUCCAAACCCAAGGAAGAGCGGCCAACGAAGCCGGAAAAAGAGGUGAGGAAAGUGUUUGGAGGACUGUUUCAGCAAGAGACCAUCUACAUGGACGAUGACUGAAAACGCCAUAAAAGAUGCCGUUUUGUAGUUCCGUACAGUUUUCUUUUUUUCCCUUGUGUUUCAAGUUAAACCUCUGUAAUCAUAUGAUAUAUAAAUCCAUUAUUGUUCUCUCUUUAAA